AAACUUGGUGGUUUUGUUGUUCUCGUGCCGCCAACAUGGCGGAGCCGCUGCUGGAGUUUGAGACUGAGAUGUUCCUGAGUCUGUUCGGCUGUGACGGGCUGCUGGUGGCGGCGGAGGGCAUGGGGAUAGACCGCAUCCUGCUGCAGUUCAUGCGGGUUUACUCGGAGCAGGGCAGCCUGGUCCUUCUGUUAAACACAACCACACCUGAGCAGGAGUUUUUCACGGAGCAGUUGCGAGUGGAGGGUGUGACCCACCUGCCCAGGACGGUGACCAGCGACGUGCAGAGCGCUGAGCGCUAUAAUGUUUACACCGAGGGAGGGGUGCUGUUCGUCACCAGCAGAAUCCUGGUGGUCGACUUCCUCACUGACCGCAUCCCCGCUCAUCUCGUAUCAGGCAUCCUGGUGUAUCGUGCUCAUAAAAUCAUCGAGUCGUGUCAGGAGGCUUUCAUCCUUCGUCUGUUCAGACAGAAGAACAAGACCGGCUUCAUCAAAGCCUUCACUGACAAGGCCACGUCCUUCUCCUCGGGCUUCUGCCAGGUGGAGCGUGUGAUGAGGAACCUCUUCGUCAAGAAGCUCUACCUGUGGCCCAGGUUUCAAGCGUCAGUAAACACAGCGCUGGACAGGCACAAGCCGGAGGUGGUGGAGCUCCAUGUGUCGUUGACGCCGGCUAUGAGGGCCAUCCAGAGCUCCAUCCUGGACAUCAUGAGCGCCUGUCUGAAGGAGCUGAAGCGCUACAACCCCAGCCUGGAGGCCGAGGACCUCUCCGUGGAGAACACGCUCGGCAACGCCUUCGAAAAGACCAUCCGUCACUACCUGGACCCCUUGUGGCACCAGCUGGGGGCAAAGACCAAAGCCCUGGUCCAGGACCUGAAAGUGCUGAGGGUCCUCCUGCUCUACCUCACCCAGUACGACUGUGUCACCUUCCUCAAUCUGCUCGAGUCGCUGCGCUCCAGCCAAAAGCUCUUCGGAUCCAACUCCGGCUGGUUGUUCCUCGACUCCAGUACCUCCAUGUUUAUGAAUGCCCGGGGUAGAGUGUACCGCUUCCCUGACACCAAGAAGAAACUCAAAGUGGGAGCGGAGGCCGAGAAACAGAAGCCCUCUUCCUCUUCCUCUUCCUCUUCCUCCUCCUCCUCAGGGGUGAAGCGGGAACUUGUGCUGGAGAAGAGCCCGAAGUGGGAGGCUCUGACUGAAGUACUGCAGGAGAUCGAGACGGAGAACAAGAGCUCUCAACAAGAACCAGGUCCUGUGCUGAUCUGUGCCAGUGAUGACCGGACGUGUGCCCAGCUGCAGCAGUACAUCCGCCACGGCUCCGACUGGAUGCUCAACCGACUAUAUGUCCGCACGAUCGGCAAACUGGACUCUGCUGCAGCCGCUUCACUUGAACUUGAGUCGUGCAAAAAGGGCAGCGGCUGGCCUAAAAAAGGAGAUAAAGGAAAAGAGAAAAAGUCCACGAAGAGUAAAAAAAGGCCAUCACUGACGCUGACCCAGAUGGUGGGGAAGGAGGAGACGGAUGAAGCAGCGGAGAUGGGCAGCAGUGGAGAUGAGGAGGAACUGAUGGAGGAGGAAGAACCGCUGAAGCUGGAUCUGUCGUCGGAUGCGUACUAUGGCGUCCUAAAGGAGCCGCUGACUGUCAUUCACCCACUGAAAGGCCUCACUGACCCCCACAGCUUGACGCGGGUGCUGCACGAGGUGGAGCCCAGUUUCGUGGUGCUGUACGACGCUGAAAUCAGUUUCGUCCGCCAGCUGGAGAUCUACAAAGCCAGUCGGCCCGGAAAGACACUGAGGGUGUAUUUUCUCAUCUACGGAGGCUCGACAGAAGAACAGAAGUACCUGACGGCGCUGUCCAGGGAAAAGAAAGCAUUCGAACACCUGAUCAGGGAAAAGGCGAUUAUGGUCAUCCCAGAGGAGAGGGAGGGGCGAGGAGACACCAACCUGGACCUUGCUAGAAAUUUGGAGCCGGCCAACGCCACCACCAACACCCGCAGAGCAGGAGGCCAGGAGCAGCCCACAGAGCCCUCACGAGUCAUUGUGGACAUGCGGGAGUUUCGCAGUGAACUACCCUCCUUGCUGCACCGCCGGGGGCUGGACAUCGAGCCCGUCACCCUCGAAGUAGGCGACUACAUCCUGACCCCAGACACGUGCGUCGAGCGCAAGAGCGUCAGUGAUCUGAUUGGCUCGUUGCAGAGCGGCCGCCUCUACACCCAGUGUCUCUCCAUGACCCGCUACUACAAAAAACCAGUGCUCCUCAUUGAGUUUGACCCGGCAAAACCCUUUUCCUUAAUGGCCCGAUCGGAUUUCCGUCACGAGAUAUCGUCUACUGACGUUUCUUCAAAACUCACUUUACUCACUUUGCACUUCCCCCGCCUCCGUAUACUCUGGUGCCCCUCCCCACACGCCACAGCCGAGCUCUUCGUGGAUCUGAAGCAAGGACGCCUUGAACCCGAUGGUGCAGCCGCUCAGGCCGUCACAGCCGAGUCAGACAUGGUGGCUGAAUCAGCAGACCUCUACAACCCCGGACCUUAUGACUUCCUGUUGAAAAUGCCCGGGGUCAAUAUCAAAAACUACAGGGCCCUUGUAAAAAAUGCAGACAGUCUGGCAGAUUUAGCCAAACUCAGCAAGGACAAGCUGGCAGAAAUACUCGGGAAUGCUAACAACUCCAAGCUGCUGUUUGAGUUUCUGCAUAAUGUCGCUGAUGUCCCUGCUCCUGUGCAGAAGGCCAAAAAGACAUGAUGGGCCGUAAAGAAAUUGAAUUUCCCCGAGAGGCAUCUAUAAAGUCUUCUUCUUCUUCUAAAGCGUCUGACCUAUGUGUGUAUAAAUAUAUUUUUCCUGGCAUCAGGAUUAGUUUUGCAUCAUAAAGCCGGAUGACAAUUACGUGAGUGUAGAAUGAAAGCUUACAUUUGUACAGUUUGAGUCUCCGUCAUCAAAAGUAUUAUGUAUUAUAUUAAUGAACACAAUGAACUGAACUUUUUUUUUUUCUAUUGUAUUUUGUAAACAACUCUGAAAAUGGAACAUUUCUUAGAUAUUUUUAAAUAAUUACAGGAAACUAAAUACACGUUGAAUAUUCAAGUUUUUAGAUCUUGUGUGGCAUUUCCUUGUUCUGUAUUCUGUGUCAUGCAAUGUUGUAAAAUAGUAUUUUUUAAGGUUUCUUACUGAAGAUGUGAACUGAACUAUAGUGGAAAUCACCCAUUCCACAGCAUGCUGUUGCUCUUGUGCUCAGUUUCUCAGUAAAAGGACACAGAAGUAGUUGUAUUAUUAUGUCCUGUACAUGUACCCCCAAUACCAGGUAAAUCCUGCAGCUCCACAAUAAAUUGCAAGAGACUCUCCAACUUAA